CCCUGCACACUUUGAGUCUUGCUGAGCACCAUAAUUUCGCAAUGGAUCAGUCGAGCUCCUGUUCUGUCCAUGACCAGUCAACUGGCACCACUGUCCAUAACCCAGUAGGUUUUUAUUCUGAUUUGGAUAUCCAAAGAGGAAGAGAGGCAGAUGAGGGAGAAGAUCAGGAUGAGGAAGUGGAAAUGGCAGAGGAGGUAGGAGAGGAUGAUUUGAUGAUGGCUGAGGGAGGAGAGGGGCAACCUGAAGUAGAAUAUGUAAACUUGGAGGAACUGGAAGUAGUGCGAUUUAUCCAAGUUGGUUUGUUGCCAAAUGGUGAAAUUAGACAAUGGGAAGGGAAGAGUGGAAGGUUGGUGGGAAAGGGUGAGCAAGAAGUAAAUGUAGGAGAAGACCACAGAAAUACAGCUGAACAAAGUGAGACAGAUGAAAAAGACAAAGUUAAUGUUGGGUCAAAAGAAAGUCUACCUGAUGUUCCAGGAUCAGUACAGAUUACACAUAGUACACAGAAUGCUGAACCAGAGGUGCAAGAGAGUGAGGAAGCAAAAACUGAUGAGGACGAUGAGGGGUUAAACAAAGUCUCAGAAACUGGCAAUGACAACUACAAUGCACAGUUAUCUGCAAACGGCACAGACAAAACAAAAGCUAUUCCAGUUAAUUAUGGUGAGGUGGCAGAAAGAGAUAAUGCUACAGCAACAAACGAACCACCUUAUAGUCAAGCGAAUAUCAACCCAACACCAUUCAGCAAUGACAGUGUUGUCAUGAUGAACACAGUCAUGGUGACAGAGGCAGUGGACAGUUUGAAGAACCAAUCAGACACUGGUACGCGAGAUGUGGAAAACACUGAUAAGUGGGACAGCUCAGAAUCUCACAUGGAAGAAGCUGAAUGCAGAAACAGUGAAACAGAGCACCAACAGAAGGACAGCGAAGAAGCAGUGUCUGAGAGUGAACCAUCCGAGGAAGCCACGCAAGAUCUGAAGUCCAUUUGUGAUCUUCUUGAAAAAGAUGGCGAAACACACCUGAAGACAGAGCAGCUGGAUUUGGAAUAUAUUCCCAAUAUUAUAAAACAACAGCUGCAGACAGAAGAUGGGCCUUGUGAAGAAAAGACUGGAGAGGUUAGUCAGAAGGAGCAAAAAGAGUUUGGGUUUAAUGCACCAGAAAUGAUGGAUAGGGAAGAAAUGAGAGAAGAAGAAUGGGUGAGAAGUGAUAAUGGUGUUGAAGAGUUAAAGGAUGAGCACAACCAGAGAGAAAGAAGAGAUCUACAAAUACGAGAGGAAACAAAAGUCCAGUUUGAGACCGUGGUGAUGUUUGAGCCUCGAGAGUCAAAGCUACAAUGUGUAGAGGAGUUACAGUUCAAGUCCCAGCGAGAUGUAGAUCUCGCCCAGACCGAAGAGGUCUUGACAAUCCAGCAUGAAUUUAAAGUUGAAAUGUCAGAUGAAGAGGCAACAUCAAAGGAGCUGGGGUCAACAGCAGAGGGGGAAGAUAGUCUUCAAGAAUGUCCCACUCAGCUCCUCAAAGGAGCAGGGGCACAUUUUGGAGACAAGUUGGGAGAAGAGCUAAUGAAAAACAUUUUUUUACAAGAAAGGAAGGAUACAGCAGCAAAGGAGGAAGCCAAGGAGGGAGAGAUGUAUGAACCUGUAAGUGUUUUAGAUGAUGAGUUUGAGGAAACAGAGGAAAGUAACAGGACAGAAGUGGAAAAGGUGACAUUUGCCACCAUUACAGCUGCUUGUGAAGAUACUGUAGCCAUGACAAAGGAUGGAGAUAUUCUAGACCUGGCUGACAAGAAGUGGAAGGAAGAAACCUCAGAAAUGGAGAUGGACACAAAUGAAAGAGUGAAAGCAAAGCAAGAAACCAAGAAUGACAUGUCCUGGUCUGGGUCACAGUUGCUUAGGAAAGAAGGCCGGGUGAUAGCAAGCGUGCCACCACCAAGGACGAAUGAUGACAACUGUAUUAAACAAGAUCAACCAGAGGAUGAGAGGGUCAUAGAAAUGAAAAACUGGAAAAAAGACCUGAAAUCUGUAAAAAAGGACUUCUGUCAGUCUGAGAGGGGAAGAAAAGAGUGGGGACAACAUAAAGCAGCAACAGAGCAUAAAAGUCCACCAAGGAAGGACGACUGGAUAACGGAGCUCAAGUCAGUUAUCAAAGAUAACUCACUGCCAAAAAAGAGGGAUGACCAGGUGAAGAAAAAGCGAGUGGUGCUGGUGGAGGAUGGUCAUUCAUAUGUUCCCCAGUGGGAGGAAAUAGGAGAGCAGCGUGAGGAGGUGAAACUGCUCUCCCACAGGAGGGCAGACAGCCUUUUGUCUUCUUCACACAGCAACACAUUACCUGAAGAAGAAAACUACCAAAUCUCACUUUACGUUAAGGCGGGUAGUGAUGGUGAGAGCAUUGGAAACUGUCCAUUCUCUCAGAGACUGUUUAUGAUCCUGUGGCUUAAAGGAGUCAUCUUCAAUGUGACCACUGUCGACCUCAAAAGGAAGCCAGCUGACCUGCAGGAGCUCGCUCCAGGAACCAACCCACCUUUUGUGAUCUUUAACGGGGAGCUCAAAGUUGAUGUAAACAAGAUAGAGGAAUUCUUGGAGGAGAAACUCACCCCACCAUGCUAUCCCAGGCUUGCUCCCAAACACCGCGAAGCCAAUACAGCUGGUAUUGAUGUGUUUGCCAAGUUCUCAGCUUACAUCAAAAACCAGAGAAAAGACACCAACGAUGCCUUAGAGAAAGCCUUGCUAAAGUCCCUCUGGCAUCUUGAUGACUUCAUGAGGACACCCUUACCCGAGGAGAUAGACGGUGACACAUCAGGAGACCUGCCUGAGUCGACAAGGAGCUUCCUAGAUGGACCUGAACUCACCUUGGCCGACUGCAACCUUCUGCCUAAACUGCACAUUCUGAAGGUGGUGGCCAGGAAAUACCGCGGCUUUGAGAUCCCAGCAGAGAUGACGGGACUGUGGCGUUAUUUAAACUGCACCUACCAGAGAAAGGAGUUCACUAGCACCUGCCCUGCCGACAGAGAGAUUGAAUUUGCAUACCUGGAUGUUGCAAAACGAAUAAAAUAAAUUAUUUGUGUAAAAUCAACGGUGGGAGGGGGGUUAAUGAUAAAUCAGAUAAAGGUGUAAAGCUACUGAAUUUGAAUAAACUAGAAAGAAAUGUAUUUAUAUUCAAAUAAGGAUGAAGAGUGAAGUAAAAACUAAAAGAAUUCAAAAGGGAAAGGGAGGCAAUUCACAGCAAACAAUAAUAAUAAUAAAAAAAAAUCAGUUUUACUGUAUUCAAACACAGAUGUGAUAUAAUUAACGAUGUUGGAAUCUUUGAAAUUGUUCAGUUAAGCUGCACUGUAGCCUUCAUGUAUCCUGCAAUCAAGUACUCAUAUUAAUUUUAAAUCAUGUUAUGCUACAUAUAUAAUAAAGCAAAUAUCUUUCACUUAACAAAUAUGUAUUAAUUUCAAGUGCCUCUUUUAGUCAGUGCAGU